AGUUAGUGAGUUAUUAAAUGAUUUUUUUUCUAGCGAUGUGCAAUACUGCAAGAGUGUAACUUCUGAAAGCUACUUUUUUCUUAUGUUUGCUGGGAAUGUGGGUUUCGGUACAUGUUUUCAUCUAUUUUCUACCAAAUUAUGUAAUAGUUUUUUGUAUAUUAUACAAGCAUCUAUUUAUUGUGCAUAUUAGUUGUAUUCUUUUAUUCAUUCAUUUUCUUAUAAUUGCAGAGAUCUGGGUAUGAAGUUUACUUACUCGAAGCCCCAUACACGGACCCAGUGGGGUGUGCAGCACGGAAUGUGCAUGGUUUUACACUGAGUGAAAUACAGAAGUGGACUGAUGAGUGGGAAGAGGCUCCAUCAAUGUACUUGAAACUUGAUAUUAAGUCAUUAAUUCACGGGGAUGAUCUUGAGCAUGGUGCGAUACAAGAGGUAGACAUGGACAUGGAAGAUGGAGAUGCAUCAGCAGGACCAUCUACUUCUGAACAAGGGAUUAGCGGGAGUGCUGUAGUACCACCAAUGGAAAUAUGUUCCGAUGGUCAUUCUAAAAGUGUUUUGAGUUGGGAUGAUGACGAAUCAGAACAUCCAAUUAGUUUAGUGAAGGAUAUAGGGAAGAGUAAAUGGUCAACUGAUCUGGAUGAGGAUGAUGUGCCAAAAUAUGAAAAUACUCACAAGAAAUCAAAUGGCUCUGGUUUGAUCCAAUCUUCUCGAAAAGAAGGUAAAACAGUACGUUGGGGGGAUCAGGUAAUGUAGUUUAUAGUGUUCAACACAUAUAUAUUUCAUGCCUUUCUCUUUAAUUGAUAUAGUUGUAUUUCUUAUUUUCUCAAUGGUUUGGCAACAUUGAAGAAAAGAAAGUCUCCUUCCUUGUACUAUGAGUAUAAAUCUAUAAUAUUGUGUUGCCACCAUUUUGCCUAGGCUGCCAAAGCGGGGUUUUCAAUAGGAGCAAAAAAAGCGGCUAAUGUAUCAUUAGUAAUUGGUCCUGGGGCAGGAUACAACUUGAAAUCAAACCCCAUUGCUGAAGGAGAAGAGAGUAUGCCAUUGAGUGGUGGGUGGCAGACGAAGAGGAGGCAGGGGGUGUUCCAAGAACAAUUGCGGGCGGAGCAAGAGUCCUUCAAGGCUGUUCUUGACAAAAGGCGUCAGCGAGUUGGAGGAUUUGUUGGAGAUGAGGAGUGAGUACGCCCAAUUCGCUUUUGUAAUAUUGCCAUUGAUCGUUUAGUGUAUAAGUUGGUCGGUAUAAUUACAUUAUAGGAGAGAUUAUAAGACGAAUGCAUGAGAUAUCAGAUGAACAACAUUCUUUACUGUGUUUGUUUGUUGUACUAGUGUACAUUAUAUAAUAUUGAGCACGAGUUUGAAGGGAAAGGCCUUUCAAAUUGCAAUCCACAAUAAUUAUAAUUUUGUCAC